GUUGGUGCCCGCCGCUUUCUGUGGGAGAUCAUCGGCGACAUCCGGCUUAACGGUCACGCCGUCGUGCUCACGAGCCACUCCAUGGAGGAGUGCGAGGUGCUCUGCACGCGCCUGACCAUCAUGGUUCACGGCCAGUUCCGCUGCUUGGGAAGUCCCGUCGAGCUCAAGGCCAGAUACGGUGGUGGCUACAGCCUUGCAGUGAAAAGCCUCCCGGGCCAGGAAGCCCUCGGCCGCAGCACGGAGCAAAACACAGCUCAGAUCCGUCAAUUCGUCCGCAGCAAGGUUCCUUGGGCACGGCUUGCCGAAGUCAGUGUGGGCCUGCUACGAUAUCGGCUAAAGGGCUCUCAAACGACCCGCGGAGAGGAGGAGCUGCCUUUGGCCGAGAUCUUCCGCCUCUUUGAGGAGGCGUCUAACAACGGCGGCAGUCUCGAAGGAUGCCUCUCCGAUUAUUCCAUUUCCCAGACCUCCCUGGAAGAGGUCUUCUUGCACUUUUCGCGUGAGGCAGGCGUCAUCGAGGAUCCGGAGAUCCAGAUGCAGGACAUCGAUGACGCCAGCCCCCUCUCAGCCAGCGCCGACAUUCUGCAG